AUGCGUUUAUUGCUCCUUUUCCACGCUCUACGGCUUGUGGCCGCCUUUGCAUGCCACACGGACGAAGACUGCAGCUUGACAGGCGUCUGUUCAAAAGCCCACCAAUGCAUCUGUGACCCGGGCUGGCGCGCUGCCGACUGCAGCGAGCUGGAUCUGCAGCCCGUCGACCGAAACACCGGCUACAACCAUACCAACGUCACCCUUCCGGACUUCUACCGCGACGGCGCUGGCAAUUCCUCCUGGGGCGGACACAUCGUCCACGACCGGGAAGACCCUACGCUCUUCCAUUUGAUCAUCUCCCAGAUAGGCCGAGGCUGCGGACUCUCCGGCUGGCGACCAUUCAGCACCAUUAUCCGCGCAGAGUCACGUACCGGCCCGCGCGGACCCUACACACUGGGACCCCCGACCACCUGCCGCUCGAUCAAACGCAACAACACCAUUUCUGUCUCGACAUCGCCGGACCUCCGUGUCUGGAGCGAGCCCAUCGAGCUUUUGGUCAAUGUCACCAAUCCCGCAGCCUGGCCCCUCUGGUCCCCACGUCACCACACAAGGCAGAUCCUCCUCGCGACAGAAAAAAACAAUAUCUAUACCGCAUCCAGCUACAAGGGCCCGUAUUCCCUGCGCGUCGAGCCGGGGUUCACAGUGAUCGACCCCUCCCUGCGCAGCGAGGACCCCUUCCUCUGGCGCGACAAGCGCGGACACUGGCAUUUUCUUGUGCACCACAUGGUUGAUAUUGCUUUAGGGCAAAAGGGCCCGCGGGUGGGCGCGCAUGUGUUUGCGAGGGACUGGCGCGGACCGUGGCAUUACAAUAACAUCACGCUGGCGUAUAAUACUACGGUGGAGUUUACCGAUGGGAGCAGGGUGGAUUACUAUCGGAGGGAACGGCCGAAGCUGUUUUUCAGCGAGGAUGGCGAGAUGACUCCGUUGUACUUGGUGAAUGGGGUGCAGGAGUUUGGGAGUACGGCGAGUUAUACAUUGAUUCAGCCGAUUGGGAGGAGGUGGAGGCGUUAUGAGAUGCAGUACGGUCAAGUGAAAGCAAGUGGAUAAUAGUGAUUUAUAGUUGAUCUUCAACCUAUUGAAUAAAAGGUUACUCCCAAGCGGUGGUCGCUCCAAUUGCCUCCCCAGACUUUGGCACCAAGAAAUCACUGGCCUUGAUCCGCCCAUCUGCCUGUCUGGCACCCUGCACCAGACUCACAUCCACACUCUUGAAGCUACUAUUCGACCACGACGCACUUCCAUCCCACGAGUUUCCCGAGGAAACCUGAUUCGAACUCAAAGCUGUAGCGCUCUCUCCAUUGGCCGCCGCAACAUUGCCCUUGAGCGUAGCCACAGCCGUAUUGAACUUGAACCCGACCUUGGCAUUAUUCCACGCCGUGUUGCGGCUGAGCGUGAAAUCGCCCGUCUGGGAGUUAUCCGUGAAGCCAUCCUUGACGUUCCCAAAGGCAAUGCUGUUGGUAAUGACAUGAUUCGCGGGGCCUUUAUCCGCCGCAUCGCCGCC